UCCCCGAGUCUGCAGCGCGCGUAGUGGACAAUCCCGGUACUGCAGGGGAUCAGCAGCUCCCCGAAAGUGAAAGCAUUCUGAAUCAGGAAGUGCCGGGAGUUAACAUGGCUUCGAAAGGAGAGACCGAGAGUUUGAGCGAGGAGGCAAUUUGCCCCGUCUGCCUGGAUUUCUUCAUCGAUCCGGUGUCACUGGAGUGCGGACACAACUUCUGUCGCUCUUGUAUCACACGGUGUUGGGAAAGGGAGGAGAGAAACUCCUGCCCGGAAUGUAGAGAGGAGUUUGCUGACCGCACCCUCAGGGCCAGUCGGGCCUUAGCAAAUCUGGCUGAAAAAUUUCGAAAUCUAAACCUGAAUCCGAAAGGGAAGGAAAGUAAACGUCACUGCGAGGAACAUGAGGAAGAAUUGAAGCUGUUUUGUGAAACGGACAAGAUACUGAUCUGUCUGGUCUGUGCAGUGGCGGAGGAACACAGAGAGCACCACUUCAGGCCGAUUAAAGAAGCUGUUAAAAACUAUAUGGAUCAGCUAAAAUCUUCCUUAGACUCUCUCACAAAAAAGGAAUCAGACUUCCAGGAAAAGGAGCAGCAACAGAAAGAGAAGAUAUCCGGAGUUCGGGAACAGUCACACAGCCUUCAGUCCCACAUCACAACCCAGUUUGCUGAACUGCGCCAGAUUAUCACUGAGAAAGAGCAGAGCUUACUUAGGGAUCUCAGGGAAGAAGAGAAGAGGAUUCUCAACCAAAUGGAGAAAAAUCUUCGGGAGAUUCAGGAGAAUAUAAGGAGUAUUCAGGAGGAAAUCACUAAGUUAAAGGAACAGAUGGAUCAGAAAGACAGUGUGAUAUUUCUCAAGGAGGAAGCUCGUCGGAACAGAAGGAUUAAUGACGAUGUCCAGGAAUUGUCAGUGACAGAUGAGACCCUACCGGUUGAAAAAUUCGAUCACCUCUAUUUGUUGGACACAGUGCUGAGAGAAACGCUUGAUGCUAUUAAUCGAGUCUCUGUCACCCUGGAUGUGGAAACGGCGCAUCCGGAGCUCGAGGUGUCUGAGGAUCGGAAGAGUGUGAGAUGGACCGGGACCCGGAGGAAUCUCCCUGACACCGGGAAGAGAUUCACAUUCUGGGAUUGUGUGCUGGGAUCGGAGGGAUUCACAUCGGGGAGACAUUACUGGGAGGUGGAGGUGACGGGGAUUCAGUACUGGGGUCUGGGAGUCGCCGCAGAGUCUGUGAAGAGGAAGGGACGGGUCAGUCUGAGUCCGGAGACCGGAUUCUGGUAUAUCGGGCGGUUUGGUGACGUGUUACAUCGGGAUUGUGACGUGUUACAUCGGGAUUAUGACGUGUCCGGUCCCCCCUCCCCCGAGUCCCGUCUCGCUGCCGGUCCCAUCCCCGGGAGGGUGGGAGUUUAUCUCAGUUACGAGUCCGGGACAGUUUCAUUUUACAACGCGGAGACCAAGUCCCAUCUCCACACCUUCACUGGGAAUAAAUUCACGGGGAAACUUUAUCCUCUCUUCCGGACCGGGGAUGGAAACCAGUGGCUGAGAAUCUGCUCCGGUUCCGCUCCGGGUCUGUAAACGGGUCGGGUCCCGGGACCGGCGUCAGGAGUAAAGUCCCUGUAAAUAUAAAUGUGCGGAGAGUGCAGCUAAAUACGUGGCUAAGGAGAUGGUGCAGGAGGGAGGGUUUCAUGUUUCUGGUCAAUUGGGCUUUGUUCCCGGGAAGGUGGGGCCUGUUCUAUGAGAUAGUGAGGGGCAGAACUGGCAGCUUAAUGUUCUGGUAAAAUUGGAGAACGGCCAAUUUUGUGGAAAUGAAAAAGGAUCUAGGAAGAGUGGAUUGGGAUAAGUUUUUUUUUUCUGGCAAGGAUGUGUUCAGUAAGUUCACAGGCAUAAGAAAUUAAAUAGAGAUUGGGUUGGAAAUGUUAUAGCAACUUCAUUUAAUUCAAAAUCGAGAGGAGUUGCAAUUUCGGUUAAUAAAUCUUUACCAAUUAAAAUACAAAAUGUAAUAAUUGAUUCUGUGGGGAGAUACGAGAUUAUACAUUGUCAAAUUUUUUCAGAAUUAUGGAAUUUUAUGAACAUUUAUGCACCAAAUGAAAAUGAUGCAAAAUUCAUACAAGAAGAUUUUUUGAACUUGGCUGACGCAAAUGAUAAAAUAUUAAUAGGCAGAGAUUUUAAUUUUUGUUUAGAUCCAGUUUUGGAAAGGUCAACUACAGUUGUUACAAAAUUAAAAGAAAUAAAACUAACUUUAUCAUUAAUGAAAGAUUUAAACCUGAUUGAUAUAUGGAGGAAAAUUAAUCCAAGAGAAAGAGAUUAUUCAUUUUAUUCAAAUAGACAUAAAGCUUAGAUGGAGAUUUAAUACAAUUUUAUUAAAACGUCAAGAUUUUUGUGAUUUUAUGAAAAAACAGAUUCAAUUUUUUUUGGAUACAAAUUUACAUUCAGUUGAGGGUAAAAUUGUAUUAUAGGAAGCGAUGAAAGCAUAUUUAAGGGGUCAGAUUAUAAGUUAUACAUCUAAAAUUAAGAAGGAAAAUUGGGAAAAGAUAUAAAGUUAGAAAAAGAAUCUCAAAGAUAUAUGACAGAACAAAAACAAAGACAACUUGUUAAUAAAAAACUACAAUAUAAUAUCGUACAUAUCGUACAGAAAAAGUAAUUAUGAGAACUAAACAGAAAUAUUACGAAUUAGGUGAAAGAUCACAUAAAAUUCUUGCUUGGCAGUUGAAAACAGAACAGGCUUUUAAAACAAUAAAUGCAAUUAGAACAAGUGUAAAUAAGGUUGCUGAUAAACCUUUGGAAAUUCAUGAAACUUUAUUUUUUUUUUAUAUACUGAACUAUAUCAAUCAGAAUCACAAAAUAAGAUUACUGAGAUGGAUAAAUUUUUAUCACAAAUAACCCUUCCGAAAUUUAAUUUGGAAGAACAGAAAGGAUUAGAUAUGCCCUUUACAUUAAAAGAGGUUGAAGAAGCUGUAGGAUCACUUGAGAGUAACAAAUCCCCAGAAGAAGAUGGUUUUCCUCCUGAAUUUUAUAAAAAAAAUUAAAGAUAUAUUAAUUCCUCCCUCUAUGGAAUUAAUAUACCAAGUGGAAAGAAUGCAUAAACUCCCACAAUCUUUUUUAACAGCGAUCAUAACUGUAUUGCCAAAAAAAGAGAUCCUCUAAAACCAACAUCAUAUAGGCCUAUUUCUUUGUUGAAUACAGAUUAUAAGAUAAUAGCAAAAAUUUUAUCUAAUAGAAUAUCUAAAUAUUUACCAAAAUUAAUGCAUAUGGAUCAAACAGAUUUUAUUACAAUCAAUGGAUAAUCUAACCUGGUUACUUAGUAUAAUUCAUCUGGCACAAAAAAGAGAGGAAAUGAGUGUGGCAUUUGCUUUGGAUGCAGAAAAAGCAUUUGAUAGAUUGGAAUGGGAUUUUUUUGUUUAAGGUAUUGGAAAAAUAUGAGCGAGGAAAAUCUUUUAUACAAUGGAUUAAAACCUUAAAUACUAAUCCUCAAGCUGAAGUAGUUACAAAUGCUCAGAUUUCAACACCAUUUUGCUUAACGAGGUCAACUGGACAAGGCUGCCCGUUAUCACCUGCUUUAUUUGUAUUGGCAAAAGAACCAUUAGCUGAAUUAAUUAGAACAGAUUCAGAUAUUGGCGGUUUUAGAGUUAAUCAAGAAGAAUAUAAAAUUAAUUUAUUUGCUGAUGAUGUUUUGAUUUAUUUUACAAACCUAUUACAAUCUUUGCAAAGAUUAUCUUUUAAAUUGGAAGAAUACGGGAAAGUAUCAGGGUAUAAAUUAAAUUGGAAUAAAAGUGAAAUUUUACCCCUUACAAAAGGAAAUUAUAAUCAAUGUCGAUUAGUAACUCAAUUUCGAUGGUCAAUAAAUGGGAUAAAAUAUUUAGGUAUCAGAGUUGACAAUGAUGUAAAAAAUUUAUAUAAACAAAAUUAUUUGCCAUGAUUAAAAAAAAAUAAAAGAGGAUCUUGAUAAAUGGAUGAUGUUACCAAUAACAUUAAUAGGUAGAAUUAAUGCUGUAAAAAUGAAUAUAUUCCAUAGAUUGCAAUAUAUAUUCCAAACUUUACCAAUACAAUUACCGCAGAAGUUUUUUCAAGAACUAAAUAAAUAUGUAAGGAAAUUUCUUUGGAAAGGAAAGAUGUCAAGAAUAUCAUUGGAAAAAUUGAGAUGUAAAUUUGAUUUAGGAGGGUUACAACUUCCAAAUUUUAACAAUUAUGAUAAAGCAAUUCAACUUAGAUUUAUUGCAUCUUUUUUUGAUGAAAAAAAAACCCGGCAUGGAUUAGAAUAAAAUUAGAUAAGAUAGGAGAAAACAUACCAGAAGAUUUUACAUAUAAAUGGGAAUCCAAAUUGAUACGGGAAAAAAAAAGAAUCUCCUAUAUUAAGACACUUGAAUGAUUUAUGGAAUAAGGUAAAUAUGGACGAUAAGAUAAAGAAAUCUUUAUUAGCAAAAAUAAACUUUAAUUCAAAAUAGGCUUAUUCCUUUUACAAUGGAUAAUAAACUUUUACAUAAUUGGUUCCAAAAGGGGAUUAAAUAUAUAUGUAAUUGUAUUGAUGUCGUUUGAGCAAUGAAAAAAUAAAUAUAAAAUAUCAAACAACACUCUUUUCUCUUAUUUUCAAUUAAAGGACAAUUACGAGAAAAGCUGGGUCAAACAAUGUUGAUGCCAAAACUUAGUGAAAUAGAAAUAUUAAUUCAAAAAGGAAAAAUUUAAAAAAUUACAUCUUGUAUGUACAAUUUGAUUCAAAAACAGACUGAAUCUGGAAUUCAUAAAUCAAGACAAAAAUGGGAAACUGAUUUGAAUGUUAAAAUUGUUGGAAAAAGUUGGUCAAGAUUAUGUUCUGAUAGUAUGAUAAAUACAAUAAAUGUUCAAAUUAGAUUAAUACAAUAUAAUUUUUACAUCAAUUAUAUAUAACACCACAGAAAAUAAAUAGAUUAAAUUCAAAUAUGUCUGACCAAUGCUUUCGAUGUAAUCAAGAAAUUGGUACUUUUUUACAUUCUACUUGGUCUUGUUUUAAAAUUCAACCAUUUUCGAUAUAUCUGACUUUUAUUGGAACAAAGUACUGGAGUUCAACUCCCAAAUAGUCCAAUAUUAUUUUUAUUAGGAGAUAUUGAAGGGACAAUACCGAAAAUUAAAUUGAAUAUGUAUCAGAAAAAAAUUAUAAAUAUUGAUUGGCAGUAGCUAAAAAAGUUAUCGCAAUUACUUGGAAAUCUGAGUUAUAUUUAACUAUGGAUUAUUGGAAUAAUGAAAUAUAUAGUUGUAUUCCACUUGAAAAAAUUACAUAUAAUCUAAGAAAUGAAUAUGAUAUAUUUUUCAAAAUUUGGCUCCCAUACCUACAAAAGAUAGGAUUAAAUAUAUAGGUCCUUUGAAGAUAAAAAUUAUAAUGUAAUUGGGGAAAGUAAGAAUAAAUAUUAAAAUUAUUUUGAACUCCAUGGAGCAUGUGGGUAUCCUCCAAUAUCGAGGCAAUCUUUUUCUUCUUUAUUUCUUUCUUUAGAUAAGGGUUAAGGUGGGGAUGGGGAGGAGGACUAAUAUUAUUUUUCUUUUUCUUACUAAUUUUUCAUUACAUUUAUUCUUUGUAAUUUUCUAAAAAUUUAAUAAAUAAAUAAAAAGAGCAUCUCAGUAAUCCAACAGCCCACUCACCUUUGCUACCCUUUAUGUUAUUUCCUUACGUUUAACACAAUUAUUACGUGCCUUUUCCAGCUCAAACUGUGAAUUGAUUUAAAGUCAGUCCCAUAAUUUAAUAGCUUUUAUUUGAAAACUAUCUACCCUCGCAAAGAUUGUACUGAAGACUGCAUUUGAUUUUUCUUCAGCCUUGUACGCUUCACAUUGAAAUAGUAUGUGUUUCGACGGUUUCAUAAUGACAAAAUGUACACGACACAGAAUGAAGUUUUCCAAUUAGUUACAAGGCAUAAUUAAGCAUAGUGUGGAUAUUUCUGUCAUGUAAAUAUCAUUCCUUCCCUUGUUUUAAGCCCUUCUUCUAUAAACCCAACAGGUUUAUGUAUUCUGGAAAGGUGUCUGUCUUUACGUCCAUUAUCCUACGUCUUGCCAUAAGCCCCUAAUUCUUAACACUACCAACCCUUUAGCUUCUAAUUUGCUAAGUGGAAGGUCUAUAUCCACAGCUUAACAUUUAACAGCUUUUGGUGCUAAACAGUCAACAUCAUCAUUUCCCUCAACAGUGUGAUAUGCAGGCCCCAUAAUGUGCAGACAUAUAAAUCAAACUUUAUAUAUGAAAUACCGUUUGUCAAGUUUCCAACAGUCAAUCUGACCUACUGCCAGAAUGACCUGUUUAAGACUCAUCAAAACUGAAAUGUAUUCUGAGUAAAUUAUAAGGACCAAUUUCCUCCAUCCACUGUAAGCCUAAACUGUUGGCAAAGAAUUCUGCUUUCUAUGCUGAUAAAUGGCUAUAAGUCAUUUCUUUAUCAUUACCUGCUAUUCAGGCACACAAAAACAGCCACACCAACAUCCCCAAUUAAAUUAUCUUUUGAUUCAUCUGUAAAAAUGGUUACUGUAUGAUAAUAACUUUCAUUAAUAUACUGAUGACCAACAGACUCUCAGGCAGAACCGAAUCCGAUCGUGUAAAAAGUAAAAUCACCUGAAGUCAAUGGAAAAAACAAUGUGGGGUUACAGAGAACGCUACAGUGGGACAUACUGUGUCAUCAAAUACACCCAUAUUCGCAGCAUGGUAAGAACCCAGCCACCCAAAACAAAAAACACUCUUCUAGUGAUGUUCCCAACCGUCCUCUAGCACAACUUUAACAGGAUGAUCAUUUCCUUGACCCGCAAAUUAAUCCAGUAUGUUGACAUCAACUUGAACCUCUGUUACUUUGAGGGCAAUUGUCCCAUUGCAAUCAGUAAAGCCAAAGCAGGAGACAACAUUACCGCACCAGAACACAAUUAAAAGUCUGUAAUUGUAUCACAUACAAACACUUUUAAUUUGAAGAUGAAGGUGAUCCACAAGCCACACAGACAUAAUCAUGAACAGAUCAAAUUAAACAAAUAUAAUUGGUCAACAAAGAUUUUCAUGUUGCACCCAAGAAUACCCACAUAGAUGUCUGAGGAGAUUUAAAGCUCCUUUAUAUUUAUCAAUUAUUUUACUGACAGGUGCUUCCCCAUCAGCUUAUUAUUCAUCCACAUACUGAGAAAUCUUACCACUGACACUUCCUCGAGACAUUAAUCCCAUAAGUUAAAAUCAAGUGCAAGUCUAUUAAUGCUGUUUGUAAACCACGUAAUGUGUUUUAACGACUGAAAGCUUACAAUCCUCAUCAAUCUGCCCACUGUUUGAUCUAUUAAUUGUAAAUUGCAGUUAAUACCUCAAAUCCAUAAAGCUAAGUCAUCUGUAUAUUGUGAUUUACCCAGGGAAUCCCAUUUUCCCAUCUCACAGAAAAUAUCAUUAAUCAUAAUAUUAAAUAAUGAAGGGCUACAAAUACUGCCUUGUGGGAUUCCAUUCUCUAUCUCAUAGUCACAAACAUGCCGACCGUUACUUGGACAGUCCAUACAAAAAAAAACUCAGAAAAAAAUACAAUGACCCCCUUACUCCUAAUUUAAUCAAAAGUCCUUUCUUCCAUAUCAUUUCCCUUUUCAGUCUCAAUACUGCUAUUACAACAUCUUUAUUUAAUUGUGCUUUCCGAAUAUCAUCUUCCAAACCUAAAACUGAAUCUAAUGUCAUUUCACACUUCCAAAAUCCACUCUAAUAAAACACUUUAUCACCACUCUUUCCAAAAUAUAACUCAAGCGCUUGAUUACCAUACAUUCCAUAAGUUUACAUAAAUGAGACUUUCACGAUAUAGGCCCUUAACUAGAAGGAUCAAAUGGGGAUCUACCAGGUUUUCAGGCACUACUAUUUCCAUUUUCCAUGAGGAAAGUGGAUACACAAUUCAAAUAUUUAAUAUUUUACAAAUGCAAAUUAUAUACAAUUACAAUUUCAAAUAUCACUCUUUCCUGGAGACACCUGACCUGCAUUAUUAAUAGACUUCUUAAAUUCAUACAAAGAAAUCUCUCCAUCAGUGAUACUAUCAUUGCUGCAGCAGACUUCCAACACAUCAGGGUAUUCACUGAAAAAACAUAUCCCUACAUUGUUUAACUUCUUCACUUAAAUUAUCCUGAUUAUGAAUCUCAUCAAAUGACCCAGCCAGUAACACAACCUUCCCUGUUUCAGUACCAAUCAUUUUGCCCUCAAUAAUCAACACAGGAAUAUUAUGAUCCCCACAAAUCCCCCCAUUUUCUAAAUCAUAUCCCAAACAAUUCCAAGUUUGAUAUCCCUUCCAAUAUUAUCUCCAUAUAACCUCCAGUAAAUCACCUCCUUCCUCACCACGGCCUUGGCCCUUUUAUUGUUAAUAAUGUAACUCGGAGACUGAUGCACCAUCACAUAAAAACUCACAUUUCUCCCAAUUUGCUUCCUGUCCCGUUAUAAAUCCAAAUCCAAACUCAUAAAGACAGGAAGGCUGACUGACGUUCACAUUAACUAAUCACCCUCCGAGUUCCCACUUGGGUGACAGGCACUACAGCCAAUGACAGCAGGGGUCAGUGUUAGUUCUGAGCUACGAUAGGCUGGAGGAAAUCGGCCCAUGACUAGCCCCUCCUCUUCCGCUCCAUCGCCAUGGCGGAGAUCAGCGAGUCGCUUCUGUCGGUGUCGCCGGCCUCGGCGCCCACAAGGACGGGUGUGAUUCCCCUUCGCGCCCCGGUGGGUCUGUUUCGGUGACGUCUGUGGUGGCUGACGAAACAUGCUUUGACAGGGAGCGAGCGAGGAUAAUGACUACAACUCCCAGAAGGCCCCACUGAUGACGUUGUGGUGUUGUUUCGGGCUUUCCCACCACAGAUGUAAGGCUCAAUGGUCUAUAAUUAUCGGGACUAUCCUUACUAUCCUUUUUGAACAAGGGGACAACAUUCGCCUCCCUCCAAUACUCCGGUACAAUUCCCGUGGACAAUGGGGACAUAAUGAUCUUCGCCAGAGGCUCAGCAAUCUAUUUCCUUGCCUCGGAUGCAGAACUGGGAAGCGCAGAUGGAGUUCAACACAGAUGAAGAGGUUCAUUUCUGCAGGUCAAAUUUGAACACAGAAUAUAAUAUUAAUGUGAUCUUACUCCUGACGCCGGUCCCAGGACCCAACCCAUUUACAGACCCGGAGCAUAACGGGAGCAGAUCCUCAGCCACUGGUUUUCAUCCCCAGUCGCAAAGGACAUUACUCCUGACAUUGGUCCCAAGACCCAGCCUGUUUACAGAACCGGAGCGGAACUGGAGCAGAUUCUUUGACACUUGUUUUCAUCGCAAAUCCAGAAGACAGUUUAACGUUUUUUCGUGAAUUUAUUCUGAGUGAAGGUGUGGAGAUGGGAGUUGGUCUCCGCGUUGUAAAAUGAAUCUGUCCCGGACUCGUAACUGAGAUAAAUUCCCACCCUCCCGGGGUUGGGACAGGCAGCGAGUCGGGGUUCAGGGGAGGUGGCAACACUGAACAAAUCAUAAUUCAAGUCCGAUAACCCCUGUCCGAUGACCCAGAUCAGCCAGAUAGUGGCGUCUGUGUCCACAGGACACUCGAAGCUGCUGCGUCGGUUGAGAGUGUUGUUAAGAAGCCGUAUGGCGUACUGGGCUUCAUCAACUGUGGGAUUGAUUUCAAGAGCUGUGAGGUAAUGUUACAGAGGAACAACGCCUUAGUUAGACCACACCUGGAGUACUGUGUCCAAUUCUGGUUACCUCACUACGGGAAGGAUGUGGAUACUAUACAGCGAGUGCAGAGGAGAUUUACAAGGGUGUUGCCUGGAUUAAAGAGCAUGCCUUAUGAAAACAGGCAGAGUGAACUUGGCCUUUACUCCUUGGAGUGCCGGAGGGUGAGGGAUGACCUGAUACACGUGUAUAAAAUGAUAAGAGGCACUGAUCGUGUGGAUUGCCAGAGGCUAUUUCCCAGGGAUGAAAUGGCUAACACGUGGGGGCACAGUUUUAAGGUGCUUGGAAGUAGGUACAGAGGGGGUUUCAGAGGUAAGUGUUUCACACAGAAAGUGGUGGUGCAUGGAAUGCAUGGCGAAGGUGGCAGAGGUGGAUAGAACAGGGCCUUUUAAGAGACUCUUAGUUAGGUACAUGGAGCUUAGAAAAAUAGAGGGCUAUGCGGUAGGGAAGUUCUUGACAGUUUCUAGAGUAUGUGACAUGGUCAGCACAUCAUUGAGGGCCGAAAGGCCUGUAAUGUGGUGUAGAAAUUUUGUUCACUGCCAACGGCGAGAUACCGAACAGUGUUGCAGAGAGACAGUUCUUGGGAUGCAAGUUCACAGCUCGUUGGAUGUGGCGAAACAGGUCGAUUAGGUGGUGAAGGAGGCUUAUAGAAUACCGGCUUUUAUUCGUGAAGCGCUGAGUUCAAAAUCCAGGAGGUUAUAUUGUAAUUUAUAACACUCUGGUCAAACCAUGUCCGGAGUAUUUAUCUGAGGCUUCUGUGGUGCAUAUCUGGACAGUUCGGACGCAACAUCCAUGGUCGACCCUCUCCGACGGAGGCCUCACAAACUCACACUGAGAAAUAUACAAAUAACCAAUGUCCCAGCAUCCGACCCUGCGGUACAGCACUUGUUCCAAAUUUCCCUCAGAACAGAGAUGAGGAGGAAUUUAUUCAGAGUGGGGUGGUGAAUGUGAGGCAUUAAUUGCCCUAAUUCCUGCUGUCGGUAGUUGCCGGCCUCUGCGUCCAGAACGACAGGCGUGGUUCUCCUCCGACAUCACGGUGAAUCUGUUCCAACAGAUGUUUGUGAUGGCUGAGGAAUAGUGUUGACGCAGGGAGCGAGUGAGAAGCUGAGACAUUAGGACUACAACACCCAGUAGGCUCCGCGGCCCCGUAUGUUCGGCAGCUGAAGCUGACUGAAGCUGUAGUUCCUAUGAAAAGAGAGCGUUUGUGACUAUUCUUCAUUGAACAA